GUUUUUUGAAUUCCCCUCGUAAAUGCAGAUAUCCACGACCCGUCUUAAGUAUUGCGUAAUAUUCAUAAUGAAUGAAAGCACAAGGUUACAACCAAUGAUUUUUAAAGUUCGAUAACUGGAUCAUUAUGUAACCUGAUAAAAUGAUGAGCGGUUACGGUAAUUAGAAGCAGCUUUAGUGGAAUGAAAGCAUCUUUGGAAGACGUAGAUGAAUCAUUUCGCAUUUCAGUAGAAAAUGAAGCUGUUGAUCGUUAUGGAUUUUUUGGAGGUGAACAGUUCUGUGAACCAAAUGUCAAUAGGCUUUCUGCCUUAUCUUUAGAGAAAAUUCGUCGUAAAGAAAGAAAGUGGCAAAAUGUCUUAACAGAAUGGGAUAAAUGGAUGUCAUACAAAACAGAUCGAGUUAGAAAUCGCUGUAGAAAAGGUAUCCCGCCGGCUAUACGUCCCAGAGUUUGGCAAUAUCUAUGCGGAAGUUAUGUGUUAAUUCGCCAAGAAUGUGGUAAAUAUCAGACACUGUUGAAAAUGUCAGAUGAUCCAAAAACAAUUUCACAAAUAAAGUUAGAUGUUAACAGACAAUUACCUAAUCAUGUAAUAUUUGGAUCGAAUAACUCUACAGGAAAAGAAUCUUUGUUCAAUGUUCUUAAAGCGUAUUGUCAACUAUAUCCAGAUAUUGGUUAUUGUCAGGCUCAAGCGCCGAUUGCUGCAGCACUACUUAUCCAUAUGACAGAGGAAGAAGCAUUUUGGACUUUUGUCUGUUUGUGCAAUCGAUACAUGGUUGAUUAUUUCAAAACAGGUCUUGAACGCGUAAAAAUUGAACUGAACAUGCUGUUUAUUCUAGUGAAGAAAUAUCAACCAGAGAUAUACAAACAUAUGGUGAAAUGCAAUACAGAACCAAUACUAUUUGCUGUCGACUGGUUCAUGUGCCUAUACACGCGUAAUUUACCAUGGUCUACAGUUCUUCGUAUAUGGGAUAUGUUUUUCUUUGAAGGCGCUAAAGUUCUGUUUCGUAUAGCUCUUACUAUUUUUGAACUUCUACUGGGAGAUUCGAUUUCAAGAAAUAAAUUGAAUUCAAUGAAUAAAUUAAUGGAAUCAUUACGUAAACUUCCCAAAACGAUAGUCAAUGAAGAUGUACUUAUUAGCCGUUCACUUCGUUAUACAUUUAUCACUAAACAAGAACUUGUAAAACUUUAUCGUACACAAUUAAAAUGUAUGCCGAUGACAUAAGUAUAGUUUUAAACAAAUUUGUACUGAUCAUUUACACACACAAUUUCUCAUGUUCAAUUAUAAAUGUUGAUUUUGAAAAAGGAAACAAAUUGAAAAACGAUAAUUUAUAAAUUAUGAUAUAUUCACUUUUCAAUAAUUCUUUGGUCAUCUAAAUGUGAAAACCCUAUUAUUUUUCGAUUUUAUUUUGUUUGUAUAUAUUAUUAAUGUAAACAGAACCUGUGCUUUAAAUGGGAUUGUAUGCUAAUCCCAUUUUAAUGACUUCCUUGGUAGAGUCUUGUUUACUUCAAAUCAGAAGUUGUUCUAUUUCACUUGUGAUCCACAAACUACUAUUUGUUUUUUUUCUUUUUAUUAUGUAUAAAUAAACUUAGCUUUUCAUUAUCUGUCAUUCAUUCAUAACUUUCUCAUUUAUUUUGUCUGAUUCCUUUUUAUUUACUUACUAAAAAUGAUUAUUUUACAAGGUGACAAAAGUUUGAACUUGUAAAAAUUUUAAUUCAAUGUAAAUUUUUUUUCUGUUUAAGCUUGUUGAUUAUUCAAAAGUUAUUUGAGUAAACAAAGAAUACUCUUUUUGAUAACUUCUUCCUCAGAUCCUACAGUUAUAUGUACAUAUUAAAGAAUUAUGUAUCAACA